AUGUCAUCGACGCCGUCCCAGCUUCUAGGAGUUCUCCCGAACAACCUCAACGGCCUUUCUGCUGCUAGCUCCAGGGCUAGUAGUGAGGCAUCCUUGCAGCGUGUCAAGAACCUGCCUGGUUAUACUACCCCAGUCUUCAAAGGCAAGGAAGAACAACGUGCCAAGGUGCAAGCAGAUGUCGCUGCCAAGGGUUUCAUUCCUCGCGAGCUGGUUGCAAACGAAGUCAACUGGUUCUAUUCUCAGCUCGGUAUCGAUGACACCUACUUUCAAAAUGAAUCGCCUUCUGUAAUAUCUGAUCACAUCAUCGCGCUCUUUGGUGCCAAGGUACUUGCCUAUACUAAGCACGAUCUCAAUAAGCUCGUCAUCGACCUCGAGAGGAUUGACGAGAAAGGAAAUGGGGCGACUUUCAUCCACACCAGUUUACCGGGUCUGACUUCUACCGAAGGGCCUGGUGCUACCUGUGAAUCCAGAAUCGACUCUUUAUACCUCGACAACUCAACUCCGUCGAAUUGUUACCGGCUUGAGACUUUCCGAUCCACUGGAUCCAUAUCGGCGACAGCAUCUCAACAACUGCGCUGUUACUUCAUCACCAAGUGCAACUUCCCUUCUCCACCACCCCCCUCAACCCGGACUGAUGGACUUACCGAUAUCCGUACGGUCUCCGAUACCGCUUUCCUUGAGAAGGCGAGCCCGCAUACUCUUGAAGUGUACCAGAAAAUCAUGUGGCAAGUCGAGAGCCGCUACGGUCCUGUCAUGGAAGUGUUUGAAGUCGAAGGCACUCGUGAGAGGCGUCUUGUCAUCGGAUACAAGAUGGGCGGCACUUCCCGUUUCUUUAGCGCUCUAUCGAACCUCUAUCACUUUUACCAGCUGUACUCGGCCCGCAAGUAUGUAGAACAGUUCUCCAAUGGAAUCACCAUAAUCUCUCUAUACCUGAAUCCGAUGCCCAACUCAACCGGCGCGCCGAUCGAGCACUCCAUAUUCCAGGUGAUGAAAGAAGCAUCUCUUCUGUACUGUCUUCCAGACAACCCCUUUUUCCUCGAUUCUGUCAACUCUGGACAUGCUGUGCAAGAGGCGACCUAUGCAUAUUGUGGUUGGGUUUUCGCUCAACACUUCUGCAAUCGCCUGGGUCCCGCGUACCUCCACCUCAAGAAUAUCCUGGACGAAUCGAACCCCUCACACGCCGAAGUUCUCAAUGAUAUCAAGAGACGCUUCAGGGAGGAAACUUUCACGCGGGAGAGUAUUGCUCAAGUUAUCCAUGCACACGCGGAAAUCAUUCGUCUCCUCUAUGUCAACUUCGCCAUGGCACAUUAUCCGGCUGCAGAUGAGGCAUCACAGCUCGGUCCUACUCUCUCAUACCAGCGUCUUCAAACCACGCAGCCUCUGUCUGACUCUGAGUUGUACGAUAAAAUCAGACGUACAGUCUUGAACAAGCAGGAUCUCCAAGUUCUCGAGAGUUUCCUCAUUUUCAACAAGCACAUUUUGAAGACGAACUUCUAUCAACCCACCAAGGUCGCACUGUCGUUCCGUCUCGCCCCUGAAUUUUUGCCUGAGAUUGAAUAUCCAAACAAACCUUUCGGAAUGUUCAUCAUCAUCGGAAAUGAAUUCCGCGGCUUCCACAUCCGCUUCAGAGAUGUUGCCCGCGGCGGUAUUCGAAUCGUCAGGUCGCGGAACAAGGAAAACUACUCUAUCAACCAGAGGAUGUUGUUCGAUGAGAACUACGGAUUAGCUGCCACUCAAUCUUUGAAAAAUAAGGAUAUUCCGGAAGGAGGAGCCAAGGGUACUAUUUUGCCUUCUCUUGGAGCGCCACCUAGACGCUGCUUCGAGAAAUAUGUCGAUGCUAUCAUCGACCUGCUUAUCCCUGGCCAAACUCCAGGGAUUAAGGAACCCCUGGUUGACUUGUAUGGAAAGCCAGAGUUACUGUUCUUCGGCCCUGAUGAGGGCACAGCAGACAUGAUGGAUUGGGCAGCAUUGCACGCUCGCGAUCGUGGUGCCGAGACAUGGUGGAAGUCAUUUACCACCGGCAAGAGUGCCGAGCUUUUGGGUGGUAUUCCCCAUGAUACAUAUGGAAUGACGUCGCUGUCCAUUCGUCAAUAUGUACUUGGCAUUUACAAGCAGCUUGGACUGAGGGAGAAAGACAUCACAAAAGUUCAAACCGGUGGUCCUGACGGGGAUCUUGGUUCAAAUGAGAUACUCUUGAGUUCCGACAAGACCAUUGCUAUUAUCGAUGGCAGUGGUGUCCUUGCCGACCCUGCAGGUAUCAAUAGGGAGGAGCUCAUCCGUCUCGCCAAAUGUCGCCUGACCGUCGGUCACUUUGACAAGACCAAGCUGAGCAAGGAUGGGUACCUCGUCAAGGUCGAAGAACAGGAUGUUAGACUACCCUCCGGUGAAAUCGUUCUGGACGGUACCGACUUCAGGAAUGGUGCUCACUUCCGUUUCAAGGCAGACCUUUUUGUGCCUUGCGGUGGACGUCCUGAAGCUGUGAACGUUUCUAAUGUUGCUGCUUUGACGGAUACAGAAGGCAAACCCCACUUCAAGUACAUUGUCGAGGGUGCAAAUUUGUUCUUCACGCAGCAGGCAAGGUUACACUUGGAGAAACGCAAGGUUGUCUUGUUCAAGGACUCUAGUGCGAACAAGGGCGGUGUGACCAGCUCCUCGCUUGAGGUGCUCGCCGGUCUUGCCCUCACGACUCAGGAAUACCUAGACCUCAUGAUCUUCAAGGACGCCAAGCCUUCAGAUUUCUAUCAAAAAUACGUCAAAGAGAUCCAAGAAAAGAUUUCGGAGAAUGCCGCAGCGGAGUUCCACUGCAUUUGGCGCGAGCACGCCCGCCUCCAAGGCGCUAAACCCCGAACGCAGAUCUCGGACGAAUUGUCGAUCAGGCUCAAUAACUUGCAGGCAGAGCUUGAACUCUCUGACUUGUUUAAUGAUGUACCUAGUCGCAGGGGUGUCAUGAGACGCGCUAUACCCACUACCCUAGUCGAUCAAGUCGGUCUCGACGCCCUGCUGGAGAGGCUUCCCGAAACAUACCAACGCGCUCUAUUCUCGAGCUGGGUUGCUUCGCAUUACAUCUACAAAUACGGCGUUAACAGCUCUAGUGUAGACUUUUUCCAUUUCGCUCGGGAUCUCGCCCGGUAA